AAGGCGCCGCUUGGAAAUAAAACAACAGCGGUAUCGAAUCCUAAGUGGUAUUGUCGAACGUUUCGAGAACCUUUGAGUGGUUUCGUUUUCCUGUGUCUGCCACUAUAUAAGUUAAGUCCACAAGGGCACCGUUUGUUUCACAGUACAUUACCAACUCGAUCAUCAAUUCUCAGUUGUCAGUCACAAUCGUCAUCUAUUGAUUCAUCUUCGUUCUCAGUAACAGUAACUACUAAGCUAUGUCGAGCACAGUUGGCAAGGUCAUCAAGUGCAGAGCUGCGGUUGCUUGGGAGGCAGGCAAACCGCUGGUAAUGGAAGAAGUAGAGGUGGCUCCACCACAGGCUGGUGAAGUGCGUUUGAAGAUCCUCUACACCUCCCUUUGCCAUACUGAUGUUUACUUCUGGGAGGCCAAGGGCCAGACUCCAUUGUUUCCUCGUAUAUUUGGUCAUGAAGCUGGAGGGAUUGUGGAGAGUGUAGGCGAGGGUGUGACCCAUCUGAAACCAGGGGACCAUGCACUCCCUGUAUUCACUGGGGAGUGCGGGGAAUGCUCACAUUGUAAGUCAGAAGAGAGCAACAUGUGUGAUCUGUUAAGGAUCAACACUGAUAGAGGUGUCAUGAUCAAUGACAACCAGUCAAGAUUCUCUAUUAAGGGACAACCCGUAUAUCAUUUUGUGGGCACCUCUACAUUCAGUGAAUACACUGUGUGCCAUGCUGGAUGUGUUGCAAAGGUCAACCCUGCUGCCCCACUUGACAAAAUUUGUGUUCUCAGUUGCGGAAUAUGCACAGGUCUUGGUGCUACUAUCAAUGUUGCAAAACCAAAAGCUGGUUCUUCUGUUGCCAUUUUUGGACUUGGUGCUGUUGGCCUUGCUGCUGCUGAAGGGGCAAGAAUUUCUGGUGCAUCAAGAAUCAUUGGGAUUGAUUUAGUUUCCAGCCGAUUUGAACAAGCUAAGAAGUUUGGGGUCAAUGAGUUUGUGAACCCAAAAGAUCAUGACAAACCCGUACAACAGGUGAUUGCUGAAAUGACCAAUGGAGGUGUGGAUCGUGCUGUUGAAUGUACUGGCAGCAUCCAGGCCAUGAUCUCAGCAUUCGAAUGUGUCCACGAUGGUUGGGGUGUUGCUGUACUUGUUGGAGUGCCAAGCAAAGAUGAUGCAUUCAAAACUCAUCCUAUGAAUUUCUUAAAUGAGAGGACUCUUAAGGGUACCUUCUAUGGUAACUACAAACCCCGCACUGAUCUUCCUUCUGUUGUGGAGAAAUACAUGGCAGGGGGGCUGGAACUGGAUAAAUUCAUCACUCACACAGUUACAUUCUCGGAGAUUAACAAAGCUUUUGAUUACAUGCUGAAAGGGGAGUCCAUCAGGUGUAUCAUCCGCAUGGAGGAGUAAUAAUCUGAAACAAUGAUGCAAUAGUCUCCAUUGGGGGACAGAGUUCUCUUUCUGGUUGUGAAAAAUAAAUUUCAUAUGUAAUCCUUUAGGAUUAUUGUAUUUGUGAAGUUGAAGUUUUAAUGUAGAGAAUGAUGGGGCCUUUACUACUGGGAUUGUAAAAUGUGGUUUUUAUAUAUAUAUAUGGAAAAAUAUCUAUCCUUUUAAAUGAUAUAAGUUUAUAUCUUUUUAGAUCCUAACCGUUGAUUUCCGUCCAU